AUGGACCUCAGCCAUGCUAAAGAAGAAGAGAGAGACCUUCUGGCGUUUAAACAGCAACGUAACAUCCGUAGCUGUUACAUGUGCGGGGGCACCAAGCACUUGCGCCCUCAGUGCCCACUGCGGAAGCCGCGUCAAAGUCGGCCGAGCCGCAAUCCGCCUCCUAACCCGAAAGUGGGUACGGAGCGGGAAAACGGCAACUUCCAGUAG